AUGAAGCGGCCAGCAGCGAACAUGUCAUCGGACACAAAACUGGCGACAAAGCUAGCGCGGAUGUUGGCUGGCGGAACGAUGAUCUACCCCAACCCUGUGGAGACGGAGAUUGAGAAGGAAAAGCAUGUAUUCAUAGAGGAUAAGGACAAUUUGUUCGUGCUGAGGAGUGCUGCAGGACGAAGCGCGACGGAGCUCGAAAACUCCGUGUUGAAGAAGCUUCAGCAUGCUCAAAGCAUCAGAAAGAUGUACCUCUAUCCUGUUCCCGGGUCGGAUGAUCGAGAGCCUGCCUUUGACUUCGCAAACUUCUCUAAGCUGGUCAGCAAGUACCUGCCAAAAGUGAGUGAGCUCUUCGUGCAGCACAUGUUAGUGAAAAACUUCGAGCUCAAAGCCUGGCCGCAGCUUUCAAAGCUGACCUUGAUAGAUCCCCAGUGCAAGGACCAGAAAUGGAGCCUUGAGCUCGAAAACUUGGAGGAGCUUGUUAUGGAAAACCACUCUCCGCCAGUGAAGUCUUUUGCAAGCUCCUUGCUGCAUUGCCCAAAGAUUCGCAUGUUCUUUGCACAUAAGUACUGGGCAGAUGAGUCUCUUCCGAGCCUUUACCUGCCUAGCUGCACGGACUUCACCUUCCGGCGUGGCGACUGUGUCGACAAGUUGACCCUCUACCUUCCGCGUGUUAAGGAGUUGAACUUGGAUGCGAACUACGACCUACGAGUUCUGAAGUUCCUGAAGCAGGGCCACGCAAGCCAAGCCGAAUGGAACCUCCCAACCCAGGCCAAGCAAUCCAAUUUCUCCCUCUCGUGUCAGAAUGCCCUCCUCGGCCAGCAGGCACGUCAAGAGCUGUUGGGCAGCGGUCGCCUGCUGAACGGAAUUGAAGCCGGGAGCGAAGAUGACUCUAUGGGCACAGACAUGGAAGAUGAGGAGGAGGAAGAUUUGGACGAGGAUGAAGAUGACUUAGACACACUCGGACCUCAUUUGCUUGGGCGCCAGGUGAGGGUGAUGCGUCUCAAGUCCCGCAAGGACUUAGUUGGCAAAGAAGGCUUGAGCAUCAACGAGGUGUACGGCAUGUCUGAAAGCUGUGGAGGUGCUACCCUUUCCACUCAGUCUGCACACCUGUGGGGCUCUUGCGGAUUUCCGGUUGACGGAGUCGAGGUGAAAGUUUUCAAGGUGGAUGCCACCGACAUCAACAAGAAGACGGAGUGCCCCAGGACGCCGAGUUUGGAUGACAACCACGAAGACUACCAAGGAGAGAUCUGCUUUCGCGGCCGGCAGAUCAUGAUGGGCUACCUCGCCCAGCCGGACUUUGGACCGGAGCACGUGAAGUCGAUCGAGAAGAAGACGGCCGAAGCCAUCGACGCGGAGGGUUGGAUGCACUCCGGAGACAAGGGCAUGAUGACCGCCUCGGGCAUGCUGAAGAUCACAGGGCGCUUCAAGGAGUUGAUCAUUGGAGAUGGCGGAGAGAACAUCGCACCGGUACCUAUCGAGGACCACAUCAAAGCAUCGUGCGACGGCAUCAACGAGGUCAUGAUGGUCGGAGACAAGCGAAAGUACAACGUCGCGCUCAUCACGCUCAAGGCAGUGGGUGCGAACGGCGAAGUUCCCGGCACCGACGACCUGGAUGCAGGGGCCAAGCGAGUGAACCCGGACGUCACCACCAUCUCGGCAGCGCUGGAUGACAAGGUCUGGAUUGAGGCUGUGACGAAGGCGGUCACCUCCGCCAACAGCAACGGCAAGAUCUGCCCCAACAAUGCCUUCAAGGUCCAAAAGUUCAUGAUUUUGCCGACGAACUUCUCCGAAGAGCAGGGAUUUCUAACACCCACGAAGAAGCUGAAGCGACCGAUCGUGGAGAAGGCCUUCAUCAAGCAGGUGGAUCAGAUGUACGCCUCGAAGGAAACGUAUGUCCGUUACCAGCCGUGA